AUGAAUAUGUGGCACUGUGAGCCCCUGGGGACUUGCUAUAUCGAGUUCGGACACGAGAAUAUUUCUGAAUACCAGCUUGAGAAACCACAUCGUGCUGCUAGCAGCUCCCGGCGGUCGGCACAGCAAUCAGCUCGCUACCUAGGUAUGGUGCUGGAUGUGAGUUGUGAUGACUCUGCCAGGAGCUUUGUCGAAGCAAUUGGUCUAUCCAGCCGUAACUUGCACAAGCCGCUGCCAGCUAACCCACAGGGCAUCCGGAAUUCCUCUUUUGCACCGCCCUGGGGCUCCAAGUUUACCACCAACAUCAACAUACAGAUGAACUACUGGCCCACGGUUCCAUGUCACCUAUUCGAGUGCACUCUGCCGUUUGUCAACUUGCUGGAAAGGAUGGAAGAGAGGGGCCGCAAGACGGCACUCGCCAUGUAUGGAUGCAAGGGGUGGUGUGCCCACCACAAUACGGACGACUGGGCAGACACGGACUUGCAGGAUAGGGCACACUGGCGGGAGGUGGGCAUCGCUGCUGAAUCUGGAUGCUCGCCCGAGGGAUUCGGAUGGGGCCGGCAAGCAGCACAUGGAACUUCUUCUCAGGGACCCAACCGUCGACAAAAUGGUGGAAACCAUGCACCAGUUCAAAUCGACGGUACUGUCGGUAACUUUGGAGGGUGCACGGGCAUCCUGGAAUGUCUUGCGAGACGGUUGGAACCCACACUUACGGGGCUGGCGAUGGUGCUGCCAGCUUGCGCCGAGGAGUGGGAACACGGCGAGCUCACAGGACUCCAUGCGCGUGAUGGCUGGAUCCCUCCCCCCCCUUCAGUGGAAGGACGGAGAGACCAUUGGCCCUGUGACAGUUCACGAUGUUGACUCCAAGAUGGCCGUGAAACAUCCAAAUGGAAAGAUUGCCGUAGCUCGAGGGCUUGGUGAGCACCAUCUGACGCACAAGUUUUCUCACAGCUGGAGAAGGAACAUCUGGUGGAGACUUUAGAAGAUGAGCCCCUGGGGCCGGGAGGAGGGGGCGGAGAGGGCGGAGACAACAAGAAUACGAGACUGGCAGGACUGACAAGAGAGAGGCAAGAUGCGCGCACCGACCUCUGAACACAGAAGACUACACGUGUAGACUAUAACAAAGAUGUCGCGUCGCUUGUCUCGGCAGAGACAUGGUGUUUAAAGUUACGACAUAUUGUGACGGGAGCGUUGGAAGCUUG